GGGUAAGUGGUUGUCAACGUAAAGGCGCUCUCGUUAUGACAACUCCACAGAGAAAUGAAGAGAACUUCACCAAGGUGGAGGGCAACAGGACUGAGGAUAUGGACAGUAUUCGGAUGUCACUGGAGAAACUUCUCAGCCCUUCUGCAGAGGAUGCAACAGAGACAGGGAUGCUGCGAUCCAGGAUAGAUGAACAGUCAGGUCUAAUAUGCAUGUUGAAGCAGAGAGCAGAUGAGGUGCUUCUUCGAUGUCAAGCCCUGCAAAAACUCAAUAUAGAGCUAGAGGGCCGAGGGACAGACUGUCAGAAAGAACUGGACGGUGAAAGAAAGAAAGCAGAGCUUUUAGAGAAGAGAUUUAUGGAUUUAGCUGCCAACAAUCAAGCAAUUAUUUUAUUCAUGGAAGACUACAAAAAGCAGAAUGCUCAGUUAAAGCUGGAAAACAAACAGCUGCAGUCUGAAAACGAAACACUGUUCUCCCAAAAAUUACAUGAUAAAGAAGUGUUUGUUCAAAAACUGAAGCAAGAAAUCAAACACCUGACAGAGAAAUACACAAAUAAGGAAAAUGAAUAUCGAGAUAAAUUAUCUGGAUGCCAGUCAAAACUCCAGGAACAACAAACUCAGCAUCAAGCCAAAGACGCAUCGCUACUUGAUCGACUGCAUGAUGCUCAGCAACAACAAAGAGAUGCUGUAGAGAUGUGCAAAGACCUUAAGAUGAAGCUACAAAAAACUGAAGAAGAGCAUGCUUUGAAGAAAAUCUACUUGAGAGAAAGCAUAACAAGCCUCACCAAAGAGAGGGACAAAUUACUGCAUCUGUCUAUGGAAAGAGGGAAAGUAAUACAGGAGAAACAAGUGGAAAUUCAGCAACUGGAGACAAAAUGGAAAGAAGAGAAAAAAGCCCGGGCCGAAGCAGAGGACAGGUUUGAACAGGAAGCAGAUGCUGUUAAUGCAGAUGUUAAAGUGAAGUUGAUCCAGUCUGCUCUGGAUGAAUCCACGUCAAACUAUGGAAAACUGAAAGAGGAUUUUGAAGCCUUCAAAGAGCACAGCACCAACCUUCUAGUACAAGAAAGGGAGUUAAAUAAGAAGCUUCGCCACAUGAUUGGCUAA